CGCUGUGGGCUACGAGGUCUCCCUCACCAGUCCAAUAUAAAUACAGGGGUAACAUCUGCCAAGGCACACAACUUCUGCCCUUUUCCACUUGAAACGGAUCUCUACUGGCAUUACAGGGAUCUAAUAUCCCCCGUCGCAAUGAAGGGUGUGAGGACUAUUACAGCGUAUGCACUUGCUCUUUUACUUCUGGUAACGCUCGUCUCCCAUUCGUGGAGCGCACCGAAGGGCAGUUUCCAGAGGAGAAAUUGGUCACCUCAGGCAAUGCUGUACCUCAAGGGCACCCAGGGACGGCGGUUCAUCAGCGAGGACAGGAAAGAGGGAGACGUAUAUGACACAUUACAUUUAGAGACUCGGAGUCAAAACACAGAGAAACUCAGUGUGAACCAGGCAGCCACAGUCCUGCUCAAUUUCCUGCAGCAAGCCAAGGAGGAUGAAGAAGAAAAUCCUGAACAGCUGUACUUUCAAGACUUGCCGGCAUGGAAAAGAGAGUACUUCUGAUGAAUUUUAUCAUGUAUUUAUUAUUGUUGACAACAUCCUAAUCUAUUGCAUCUGUUGAUCUCUUGUUGUUGGAUGUAGACUAUUUAAUGCGACGUGAGAAAAACACUGGGCUCUUAAAGUACGGCUACACUGAACAUGUUUGAAUGUAUUAUUUCAAGAAAAUGUUUAAUAAAAUGAUUUUGAAUUCA